AUGUCCACACCUUCGACUCCAACUAAAUCGCCCAGUAAGAAACAUCACAAAAGGCCGAAUGUGUUUGAACGCUUAUCAAAUCCAAUGAACUUCACUGGGGUGUACUUGGAGAGGUUUCGGUCCGGAGGUAGCAUCAACGCAGAGGCUCCAUCUGGAAAUAUCAACAGUUUGGCAGAAAUUCUAAGGCCAACAGUGAAAAGCUCAACAUGUGUCCAUAUAUCCUUCGGAUGGGAUCCAGGACAACACAAAAACAGUGGAUUGGUUCACGACACACCAGCCACAAGAAACAAUCCCUAUCAUACAACAACAGGAAAUUCAGCCUUAUCAAUUCCGUUCAAGGCUAAGAUAAUGGAAGAGAGCUCCAUGAAGAAACGACGAAAAUCUCUGAGCGCUUUGAACUCUCCCCAUCUUCAGUCUCCUUUUUUCAAUUCUGAACUUCCUUCUGCAAUGAGAACUCCAUCUGUGAGCAGUAUCAACAGGCCCAGUAGUGCUCUUCCUUCAUUCAGAAACGAUUCCGAGGACUUAAUAUUAUCCAAAUUACGAUUAACUUCCAACUUGUUUGACGAAAAAACCUCUCCAAACGAAAAACAAGAAGAUGGCAUGUCAGCUCCUGUUAGUCCAACUCUUCAACUUUCACCUUCAGAGAAAUCGGCUAACCUGAGAGAAAGGCCUUCCAUUACGGUUUUGAAACAUCAUCCAACAGAACAAACCAAAUUAUCCCCAAUCACCAUUUACGAUAGAUUGUAUGAUUCAAGUACAUACACUGGGGUGUACAAAGAACGAUUUGCAUCAGGAAAUGGAUGUAUCAAUGGUUCUUCAGAGUAUUAUCCUGAGAAUGCAAUGCAGUCAGCGUGUCCUGAAAAACGAAUCCAAAGAACUCCAGCUAAGAAUUCAUCCCUUAAAAUAAGCUCAAUACAUGCAGCAGAACCACAAACAACAACAUCGUUACCAAACCAAUCACUUGCCAGCAGUAAUCUUUUAAAUUCUCCUGAUCGACAGCGUUAUUUCCGACAAGGCUCUUAUUCGGAAACGUUCGCAAAGAAAGCAAAACAAAAAAAUAUAAUAUGA